GUUUCGUUAGUCGAAUCAAAUUUAAAUUCCAAUUCGAAUUAUUAUUAUAUUGAACAAUGUAUGACAAAAAUUAUUGAUGAAAUACAACCAUGUAGUGAACAAGCAGUACAAAAUUGGAAUCUAAAUCAUAGUUAUUUUGUACCAUCACGGUUAAGUACUUGUUGUGCUAAUUGGGAAGUAUAUGAAUGUUUUAUACAGGCUGCUUUGACUGGAUGUACAUUGUUUGAAUUUCAGGCAAUCGUUAACAAUAUGACCAUUGAUGCAAUCAUUUUACAACGUAAUAAUUGUUCACGAUUUAAAUAUCAUUCUGAAGUUUGUUCAUCAAACAACAACAACGAUGUUGGUUACAAUUUUUGGUUGAUUGAUUCGAUUUCUAUCAUUGUUUCAUUGGUAACAUGGUUUUCAUUUUUCGUGUGA